AUGAGCAAGGAGCAAAGCUAUGUUCUAAAAGCAUGGGAAGUGACCCUGCGAAAGACCCAACAAGCGAAGAAGCGGGCGAACAGCGUUUUUGGGACAGUAUCGGUAGCUCCACAUGCCGAUCACGAUGUCACAAGUGAUGAAAAUGAUGACGAGACCACCACAAACAGGAGCAGCUUAGAAGAAUUUUACCAUGCAGAGAGAGUACUUCCCAAUGGGGACUACUACACAGGACAAUGGUACGACAACUUCCCUCACGGUCAAGGAAAAUACCUAUGGACCGACGGAUGCAUGUACAUUGGUGAAUGGUACAAUGGAAAAACCAUGGGGCAUGGAAAGUUCGGGUGGCCAUCUGGUGCAACGUACGAAGGAGAGUUCAAAAGUGGUUACAUGGAUGGCAUAGGCACAUACACGGGUCCAAGUGGAGAUGCUUAUAAAGGUCAGUGGGUGAUGAACCUGAAGCAUGGACAUGGCGUCAAGAGUUUUGCAAACGGAGAUGCAUAUGAUGGUGAAUGGAGGAGAGGUUUACAAGAAGGUCAAGGGAAGUAUCAAUGGAGCGAUGGGUGCCAUUACACUGGUGAGUGGAAGAACGGUACUAUUUUUGGUAAAGGGAGCUUUGUAUGGACAAAUGGGAAUAGAUACGAUGGGUGUUGGGAUGAAGGGUUCCCUAGAGGUAAUGGGACUUAUAAAUGGGAUGAUGGGAGUUUCUAUGUUGGUAACUGGUCUAAAGAUCCAGAGGAAAUGAAUGGUACUUAUUAUCCAUCAGGAAACGAAGGGAGUCUUGAGUGGGAUCCUAAAGAUUUGUUCAAUAAUUUGAGUGAGUACACUAUAUGCAAUGGUGAGAGAGUACCUAUGCUGCCUUCACAGAAGAAACUUUCUGUUUGGAACUCUUCUAAGCGUAUAGAGAAGCCUAGGAGGAUGUCAGUUGAUGGGAGGGUAAGUGUGGGUGUAGACAAUAGAGCGUUUGAGAAGAUGAAUAUGUGGGGGAAUGAUACAAGUGAAGGAGGUGCUGAUAUGAGGAAGGAGUUGGAUGCGGAGUUGAUGAGAUUGGAGGCUGAAGGUCUUCAUAGUCUCAAGCCAAGCCCUGCGCCUAUGAAACUGCCAAAGGCAGGGAGGAAGCAAGGGGAGACUAUAUCCAAAGGCCAUCGCAAUUACGAUCUUAUGCUUAAUCUACAACUAGGAAUCAGACAUUCUGUGGGAAGACAAGCUCCAUCUGCAUCUCUUGAUCUGAAGCCUUCAGCCUUUGAUCCAAAAGAUAAGAUAUGGAGGAGGUUUCCACGUGAAGGAACUAAGUACACACCUCCACAUCAAUCUACUGAGUUCAAAUGGAAAGACUAUUGUCCACUAGUUUUCAGGAGCUUGAGGAAGCUAUUCAAAGUAGACCCAGCUGAUUAUAUGUUAUCCAUCUGUGGGGAUGAUGCUCUCCGAGAACUCUCAUCUCCUGGUAAAAGUGGGAGCUUCUUUUACUUAACAAAUGAUGAUCGUUACAUGAUAAAAACAAUGAAGAAGUCUGAAACAAAAGUGCUUCUAAGGAUGCUUGCAGCAUAUUAUAACCAUGUUAGAGCAUUUGAAAACUCAUUGGUCAUCAGAUUCUUUGGUCUACACUGUGUGAAAUUGAAUGGACCAACACAAAAGAAGGUGCGGUUUGUCAUAAUGGGUAAUCUGUUUUGUUCUAAGUACUCUGUUCACAGACGCUUUGAUCUGAAAGGAUCAUCUCUUGGUCGAACCACUGACAAACCUGAAUCAGAAAUAGACUCAAACACCAUCUUAAAAGACCAAGACCUAGGUUUCAUUUUCAGAUUGCAAAAAGCAUGGUACCAAGAAUUCAUCAGGCAAAUUGAUAAAGACUGCGAGUUUUUAGAACAGGAGAGGAUCAUGGAUUACAGUCUUCUAGUUGGGAUUCACUUCAGAGAAGCUUCUGUCGCUGGAGAGCUGAUUCCUUCUGGAGCUCAAACACCUAUUGGUGAAUCUGAAGAAGACGCAGGCCAUCGUCUCUCUAGAUCAGAGGUUGAUGACCUACUUUCAGAACCCUCAAGGUGUGCUAGUAUCAGACUGGGAACCAACAUGCCAGCGCGUGCAGAGAGAACGAUGAGGAAAAAUGACAGUGAGCUUGAGCUUGUGGGAGAGCCUACGGGAGAGUUCUACGAUGUGGUGAUGAUCUUUGGUAUUAUUGACAUUCUUCAAGAUUAUGAUAUCAGCAAAAAGCUUGAACACGCUUACAAGAGCAUACAAUAUGAUCCUACCUCUAUUUCAGCAGUUGAUCCAAGAUUAUACUCGAGGCGUUUCCGUGACUUUAUUUUCAAGGUAUUCACUGAUGACAAUUGAGAGAGAGAGGGUUCCUAUUGUCUUUGUGCUUUUUUUAGGUUUCUUGUAUCCCAAGAAAUAAGGAUGCAUAAUUUUACUUAUAUUUUUUGACUCCUAAUUUAUUUCUUUUUUUCAAUAAAGAAAUAGAGUAAAGAUUCCAAUAUUUCCCAUUUAUUUAUCUAUAUUAAUUACCUUUUGAGUAUUAAUUAGUAGUAUGUAUUCAUUCAGUUCAGUUGUUCUUGUGUACCUCUAAACAAACAUGCGACACCAAAGUCAUUUUACAUAUAUGUUGAGCAAGGGCUCUGCGGAAUGAUUGUCACAAUCUUGAGAUGGUAUAUGGCUUGUUGGGUACCAUUUAUCAUCUGAAUCACCAAGCUUUAGGUCACCAGAAACCAACUAUCCCAGCAUGUGUGUAGUUUCUUCUUUGCAUAGUCAAAGUCUCUCAGUUUCUUAGUUAUUACAUUACAGCAAGUUCUCCAUUUGAUUUUGGCAUGGGUUAUUCUCUUUUCUAACUCGGUCUGGAUUCGGCUAUCUUUCGGUUUACUUCGUCCAGUCGUUAGUGAUAAAAGAACGUAAUAAAAGGAGGAUAUCCUGCAUGUUUGUAUUCAUGGGAAUAUCAAACCCCCGGUAUUGAAGAAUAUAUAAUAUAAUAGAUAUUGUUAAUAAAUAUUUUAUAUUUAUUAUAUAAGACAUUUACAUAUAUUUGUAAAUAUCUAGAUUAGGAAAUAUCACUAAUAUAAGUAUGAAUGUAUCAUAAGUUCAUAACUAUUAUUCUUACGAGAGAAUACAGUUCUUCAUAUCGUAUGACAUAUCCUCCUAGUCCUAUCAAUCUCUACGCCCGGUUUUGAUUCCUCUCCAAAAUUUUUGUCUGCUUAAUUUGGUUUUGAAUUCAACUUUUGAGUUAAUCGUAUUAAAGUUUUACGUUGAAAUAAAAGAUUAGAUUCCUUAUACGUUUUUACAUUCUGACAAAAAGGUCUUAUAUUUUCUUUAUACGUUGAACGCUUAAAAUUUUAAUACUUCAAUUUUUUCCUGAACUGGUACUUCUGUUGGUCCCCCAUUAU